AUGCACAUGAACAUCGCCAUAGUGUCUCAGCGCUGCACACGGGUGACUAGUGACGCCUGUAAUUUUCACCUCAGUCUCUCCACCAGACGCAGUGCAGAGCGCGUGAAGCUUUGAUGAGUGUCCAAAGUAAGUGGAAGUGCUGGAAGUUUGGAGGAGGGGACGCCAUCUUGGUCCCGGCUCUCCACGUCCCCAACACCACGGCUGCUUUCUCGGCAACGCGGCGCGACUCGAGUUGAGGCUAAGCAAGGUGCUAUGGAUGAGCUGCAGAGUCUGGAUCCGCGCCGGCAGGAGCUCCUGGAGGCACGUUUUAUGGGUGGAAUAAGCGGCAGCACAGGCAGUACUGGUAGCACCAGUGGAGGAACCAAGGCCUUAACAAACAACGAAUGUUCAAAUCAUAGCUUUGGCAGUCUGGGAUCUUCUAGUGAUAAGGAGUCAGAGGGUUCUGAUGUAAAAAGAGGCAGUUCUCCUGCAUAUUCAACCCCUGAAAAGAAACACUCUGAGUCAUCCAGAGGAAGAAAAAGGAAAGCUGAGAUUCAGUCGGAGAGUAGCCAAGGGAAAUCUAUCGUUCGGGGAGCCAAAAUUAGUGACUAUUUUGAUAUACAGGGUGGUAAUGGGUCCAGUCCUGUUAGAGGACUACCACCAGUUAUUCGUUCUCCCCAGAACUCACAUUCCCACUCUGCACCAGGAUCCAGUGUCAGGCAAAACAGUUCAUCACCCACCAGUCUCACUUUUGGGGACCACAUGAUGCACCCUAAACAGUUAGCAGUAAAGAGUGUUCAGACUGAGCUAACCAUGUUGAAGCUGGCUGCUCUGGAGAGCAAUAAGAACUUGGACCUGGAGAAAAAGGAGGGUAGGAUAGACGACUUGUUACGGGCAAACUGUGAUCUCAGGAGACAAAUAGAUGAACAACAGAAACUACUUGAAAAGUACAAGGAACGCUUAAACAAAUGCAUCAGCAUGAGCAAGAAACUCCUCAUUGAAAAGAGCACACAGGAGAAGCAGGCAUGUAGGGAGAAGAGCAUGCAGGACCGUCUGCGUUUGGGACACUUCACCACUGUAAGACACGGGGCCUCAUUUACUGAGCAGUGGACAGAUGGGUACGCCUUCCAGAACCUCGUCAAGCAGCAAGAGUCUAUAAACCAACAGAGGGAGGACAUAGAGAGACAAAGGAAGUUAUUAGCCAAGAGGAAGCCUCCUUCAGCUAGUAACUCCCAAAGCCCCAGCGCCAACUCGGAGCUAAAGCAACGCAAAACCAAGGCUGUUAAUGGGUCCGAGACUGACCCCUUCCUUAAACCCAGCUUGCCUCAGUUAUUAACUAUAGCCGAGUAUCACGAGCAGGAGGAAAUCUUCAAGUUGCGCCUUGGCCAUCUCAAAAAGGAGGAGGCAGAGAUCCAAGCUGAGUUGGAGCGCUUGGAGAGAGUGCGGAAUCUUCACAUCCGAGAGCUGAAGAGAAUAAACAACGAGGACAGCUCUCAGUUCAAAGACCAUCCAACUCUGAAUGAACGCUACUUGUUAUUGCAUCUGCUUGGUAGAGGGGGCUUCAGUGAAGUCUACAAGGCUUUUGACCUUAUUGAACAACGUUAUGCAGCUGUGAAAAUCCAUCAACUCAACAAAAACUGGAGAGAGGAGAAGAAGGAGAACUAUCACAAACAUGCCUGUAGAGAGUACAGAAUACACAAGCAGCUGGAUCAUCCACGAAUAGUGAAACUUUAUGACUAUUUCUCACUGGACACAGACACGUUUUGUACAGUCCUGGAAUACUGUGAAGGCAAUGAUUUGGAUUUCUACUUGAAACAGCACAAGCUGAUGUCUGAAAAAGAAGCUCGUUCAAUCGUCAUGCAGAUUGUUAAUGCACUAAGAUACCUGAAUGAGAUCAAACCACCUAUAAUACACUAUGACCUUAAACCAGGGAAUAUAUUGCUAGUGGAUGGAACUGCAUGUGGAGAAAUAAAGAUCACAGAUUUUGGUUUGUCUAAAAUAAUGGACGAUGACAACUAUGGAGUGGAUGGGAUGGACCUCACAUCCCAAGGAGCUGGCACUUACUGGUACUUGCCCCCCGAAUGUUUUGUUGUGGGUAAGGAACCUCCAAAGAUCUCGAACAAGGUGGAUGUGUGGUCUGUGGGAGUUAUCUUUUUCCAGUGUCUCUAUGGAAGGAAGCCUUUUGGUCAUAACCAGUCCCAGCAGGAUAUCCUGCAGGAGAACACUAUUCUCAAAGCCACUGAGGUGCAGUUCCCAGUCAAACCUGUGGCCAGCAAUGAGGCCAAGGCGUUUAUCCGACGCUGUCUUGCAUAUAGGAAGGAGGACCGGUUUGAUGUGCAGCAGCUGGGCAGCGAUUCAUAUCUGCAGCCUCACAUGAGACGCUCCAGUUCCUCUGGUAACCUGGCCUCAAGUCCAGCUCCUUCAAGUGUCAUCUACUGACAAAUUGCACUGACUCACUGACUGAACGUUGUGCUGGCCCAUCACUGCUCUCCCUGCUGCAGGAACCGGACAGGAGCAAAGCAGGCAAGAGACAAAUAUGUCCUCGGUUUGUGGAUACUGGAGACUGACUGUUAAAUCUGGUGUUUGGAUUUGCGCAGUUUGGCCAAUUGAAGUGAGGAAGGAAAAGAUCAAACCUUCAUUCAGAAAGGGAGUGGUGCGUAAAUGUUGAAGCAUAAUGGCCUUUUAAAAAGUCUAUGAAGCACUGCUCCAUUUAAGUAACUUGAAAUGUGACUUUUAUUUUUUUUAUUUUUUAUUUUUUUUUUGGUAGCAGUUGUCUUGAAGAGAUAGGUGACCCGACACCUACCGUAAAUGAAUGAAUGCAGUCUCUGCCAGUUAAAAGGAUUGCAAUGAUGUUUUUCUGGCAGGUAUGAAGUGACUUACAUGCAUACAGUAGGUCUCUAAGGUUUUCACUAUAUACUUGGCAGCGAUAUUUUGGAUUUGGGGGAGUGUUAGCUGUUUUCUGUACAAUUAGCUACAAGAAUGUAAUUAGCAUAUGUUGUGACAUGUAGUGUCACAAUAGGGCCAGACAAAAUACUAAUUUUGAAUGCACAAAAUAACCAAAUGUAGACAAAUGACAAUGUACAGAAUCCCUAUGCAGGAUUUAAAAAAAGAAGAAAAAAAAGAAUCCCUUCUAGAAAGUUAAUGUAUAUUUGCUGUACAGGACCAUACUUGCAGAUAUUAAAUUUCAACAGAUAAAUUCUGUACAAAAGUGUAAGAUUUUUUUUUUUUUCCUCCUUCUUGUAAAUCUGGUUUCCUGAAGUGUUUGCUGCUUUUAUGUUGCUUUUUAAAAAUGGCUGUAUUGAACUACUUUGGGUACGAAGUGUACAGUUCUGUUGAAAUUUAAAAUGGUAAUAAAUGCCAGGUUAUUUGUUGCCUCAAA